CUCUUGAAUUCUUUGUAGUCUUUAGAAGUUCAUUUCUUUGGAUCUUGCUCUUUGAAACGGGUUGUUUUGAUCCUGCUGUGGAUUCAGCAGAGAACAGCAGAAACAACAUGCCUUUAGUACGAGCCCUGUCCAAAACACGCCCUGCUUGGUUGUGUGUUUUAGUCCAAACGGGACCAUAAACUGCAACAGUAACAACACRGUUUACGAAACAAGACUUAAAUCUAACGUCACAAACAGAUGUAGGAAGCUGCGAUGGAGUUAACUUCUCAAGGACUUGAAAGACGUCAGACUUCUUUUGUAGUUUGAGGAGUGAAAUCUUCCAACAAAUAUCUGUGUUCAGUUUUGCUUCUGAAACUACUUAUUAGCUUUGAAUUCUCACACAGAUGUGAUAAACUUUGUCCGAGCUCUACUCCAGUGGAUCACAGUCAACACUUAGAGACUUCCUUCAUUUUCAAGAUGAAGUUGGAGCUUUUGAUUUGUGUUUUCUUCACUGACUGGGGCUUCCAUCGUGUUGUUGCUAAUUUUAUGAGCUCAGAAGAACAUCCUGACGUUCAGGAGGAUGUUCCCCUUCAAACCACCACAGCACAGGGGGAAAGUGUGCCGGACACCAACCGUCCUCGCAGAGACGUACCAGACAUGCAGAUGGAGACAAACUGGAACGUACCUGAUCUAACCAAGGACACGUAUGAGGAUGCUGACUGGCAUCCUUCAACAUCGGUCCUGGAAACGCACUCUGACCUGACCCCGGACRGCCCUGUGGUGAUACGCAGUGACAUCGUUGGCUCUGACGAUGAGGGCACCAACCAAACUUUAACCCAAGCGCAGUGCGGCGAGUACAGCAGCCAGCUGACCGCCAACAACCACUGCCGACUGAUGGCGAAGCUGCCUCCUGUGGGGACGACGGAAAAACGAUGCCCGGACAUGUUCCGCUGCACGGACGACGUCUCCUUUUGGAUUCACGAGAACCAGAACAGGAAGGAGCAGCUGAAGGAGCUGAAGGAGACGAUGUCGGAGCUGCAGGAGGAGCUGAGGAACCAUCGGCAUCGAGUCAAGGCCCUGGAGAUGCAGGCUGAAGACAGCGCUCGAUUAAACGCCACUCUCAAAGAGCGUUUGCGUUUCCUGGAGCUGCGGCACGCCGAGGCGGACACGCUGCUCCACGUGCACGCAGCGCUGCUGUACGAGCUGCAGGCCCAGCUCCGUAACCUGUCGGCCACCGUGCGGCACGUGAACCGGAACGCCGGCUGCACGAUCAACGUCAUCCGGACCACACCGCCACUCGGCAUGAGAGACACCCUGCCACCAGGUACACGUGCGACAGUGAAUCGGGGUGGACACCAUGUGUCUUACUGUCCAUCAGACUGUGCGUCUCUGUAUCACAGUGGGGUUCGUCGUUCUGGUGUUUACACCAUCGUCAUGUCACCCACCAACACUUUUCCUGUGUACUGCGACAUGGAGACAGACGGUGGGGGCUGGACGGUAUUCCAGCGGCGGCGUGACGGUUCGGUGAGCUUUAAUCGGGGUUGGUCUGAAUAUCGAAAUGGCUUCGGUGAGCCCAAAGGAGAACACUGGCUGGGCAACCAGCACCUCUACCUGCUGUCCAAUCAGGGCCCUUACAGCCUCCGUAUUGACAUGCAGGACUGGAGCCACGCCCACAAACACGCCCUGUACCGCUCCUUCAGGAUAGACAGUGAGGAGAACCAGUAUCGCCUCCAUGUGUCUGGUUUCAGUGGGUCGGUGGAGGAUUCGUUCGGCUGGUAUCACGACCAGCACGGCUUCAGCACGCCAGACACGGGCAACCUCUGUGCUGAGAUCAGCCACUCCGGCUGGUGGUUCCACCAAUGUUACUACACCAACCUUAAUGGAGUUUACUACAAGGGCGGCCGUUAUUCUCUGAGGGCGAACAACUUGUUGGGGCCGGACGGCAUCGUCUGGUUCUCCUGGAAGGAUUCGGAUUUCUACUCUCUGAAGGCCGUCACCAUGAUGAUCCGGCCACGCAGCUUCCGACCCCCUUCAUCACUACGUCUUUCGCCAUAGUUAUGGAGCGCCGUUGUUACACCGUAUUUUGUGACCGUCAUGUAUUGUGACCAUAGGGGACACUGUUGCGUUUCUACAACAGAACUUGGCCGAACAUGGCCACAAAGAAGAAUACGAUACGCCAACAGUGCCAGAGGCUGAAGACAUUCGAAGAAAAAAACAAAAACUGUUGACUGUUGUUAUACAUGGUCACAGAAUAUGACAGCUGUCAUAUACCGUGACUGUAGUUAAGGAAAUAGUACCAAUUUUUAUUCAAAAACUAUUUAUACUAAUCGUUUACAUCCUCUAGUGUCAGAAAAAUAACUUUUUGAUCACUGACAUGGUGACUGUUACGUCACAAUAUAUGACAACAGUUGUCAUAUUUUGUCACCUCUGGGUUACACUUUUGGCCUAUCAUAUUCUUCUUUGUAGUUAUUUUCAGCUAAGUUCUGUUGUAGAAACGCAACAGCGCCCCCUCUGGUCACAAUAUAUGACGGUCACAAAAUAUGAUGUAACACCUGCAUCAAGCAACGAGUGUAACCAAGUAGGGCCUGGUGCUUGUUCAGAAAACUUCCCAAAGUCUUUACGAGUUUACCGUUUUGUUGUUGCUAAAAGCCAUCUCCUUACAUUAUUAACAUUGACUUUAUUGGUGCUUUAAAAAUAAUAAAUUUCCUUAGAUCUUGGUUUAUAUAUUUAGCUUCUGUCUGCAGCUUAAUUAAAAGAUCAGGUUUAUAUAAGUCAAAACACUUCAAACAGGAGACAUGAUGCCUAUUUUAGUUGGUGAUAUUUGCAGGUCUGUUUUAGCACAUGAAACAAUAUUAUUGCCAAAUGCUGAUUUAUGAUCAACCGUUUCUGUAUUAAACACACAUCCACGCAGCACUGAUUAUAAAUAUAUUUAUUAGAACAAUUACAUGUAAUAAGCUGGAGAUCUACAGAGUUUCUGUGCCAUCAACGACUUAAAUCUGUAAGGAAAUCAGGAUUACUGUUAACCAUCUUCCACCUGCACAGGUGAACUCCUUUAGAUACGACUCAACACAGACAGAGAGAUCAGCCAGGUGAUGGUGAUGUCGCGUGCUUCGGGUCAUUUUUCCCCUCAGAGCGAGCCUGACAGAUCCCCGGGGAGAGGAGCCGUUUUUCACGGUUGCUCCCUGGGGCGGG